CAUUGUGACGUCACACGGUUUCUGGUGUGAGGACCACUGCCACUCAAACAUAAUCUCCACCAAUCCAAAACGACGUGGAGGGGAUAAGGAAGGACGGUGGAAGUAGGGAUGACGUUGCGCGUGUGUGAGAGCGAGUGAGAUGGAGCACCGCAGUGACGAGUGCGAGAGAGACAGAGUGGUUAGGGCCGCGGAGGAAGGGCAGCAUGGUCCCAGGACCCGGUCUGUCGAGGCACAGGGCAUCAGUUUGUGAGCCGGAGUGCGUUGUGUCGCAUGCAUAACGCAUGAGUUUGAGGCUGUAUUCUCCGUCUCUCUUGCACCGUAGUGUGCUGGAUGUGUGUGUGUGCUGUGUUUUUACAAGUCUGAGCAGGCUGGCGCCCGCGCGCGGAGCAAAGGCACCCCCUCCUUGUGGACUUGUGGAAAAAGGGGGUAACUCCUAGAAAAGUGUUGUUUUUUUUUCUGUGUGUGUGUGUGUUCCUUUUUAUUAUUAUUAGGGAGUAGCAGUAAAUGGCUACCACAACUUACAUGCCCGCUAGUACGGGAAUCUCUGCCGACUUGGACGGUACUUCUGCAGGUAGUGUGGUCGGUAUGAACAUUGUGAACGCGGCAGUCGGCGGGUAUCAUACUUCUUCGCCGCGGUCUGCUGCCGAUGCAAGUAACACUGAGAUGAAGUAUAUGCCGCCCUCACAGCAUCACCACCACCAUCACCAUCACCACCAAGUUCCUUCUUCGCCUUCACCAAAUGGUCAUCCGGUGUCAUUAUCCGCGGCAGCGGCACAUAACCCAUGGGUCAGUCUACAGCCAGGGUCAGGUGCAGAUCCCUGGACAGCCUCGAUGGCCGGAAUGCAUCCACAUCACUCACAUCACCACCACCCCCAUCAGACGGCGGCAGUGGAUAUAAAGCCGCCCCACCCUGGCGGGGACGUCCCAGGUAUGCACCAUCCGAGAGCGCCUCCGCCGCACCAGCAAACCGGCGGCAUGGGGUCUCCACACUCUUGGCACGCACCGGUUGUGUCUACAGGACACUACAUCCCCACGUCUUCGACCAGUGGUGCAGGGUCACCGCUCCAGCACCACACGAGCCCAGCUGCGGCGUACCAGGCGGCUAUGAAUGGUAUGCUAGCUCACCAUCACCACCAAGCGAGUCCUCAGCUGCACCACUCACUGAGGGAAAUAAACCACAGCCCGUCCCCUUUGCACCAUCAGCACCCACACCAACACCCAGACGCCAGAGGCGAUCCUUCGGGAGGUGAGGAAGACACUCCGACGUCGGAUGACCUCGAAGCGUUUGCAAAACAAUUCAAACAGCGUCGCAUCAAACUUGGGUUCACGCAAGCCGACGUCGGCUUGGCACUGGGAACACUGUACGGAAAUGUAUUCUCCCAAACCACGAUAUGCAGGUUCGAAGCAUUGCAGCUUAGCUUCAAAAACAUGUGUAAGUUGAAACCGUUACUCCAGAAGUGGUUGGAAGAAGCCGAUUCGACGACAGGGUCUCCCACUAGCAUCGACAAAAUAGCAGCACAGGGCAGAAAACGGAAAAAGAGGACCAGUAUCGAAGUCUCUGUGAAAGGAGCUUUGGAACAGCAUUUUCACAAACAGCCGAAGCCAUCAGCACAAGAAAUUACUGCAUUAGCGGACAGUUUGCAGUUGGAGAAGGAGGUUGUGAGGGUGUGGUUUUGUAACAGGCGACAGAAAGAAAAGAGAAUGACGCCGCCGAACACACUAGGGGGACCUGAUGGUAUGAUGGAAGGUGGGCCACAAGGUAUGCAGGGAGGACCUCCACAUGGGCUACAUCAGGGUUAUCAUCAUCAAGACAUGCAUGGGUCCCCCAUGGGUCAGCAUUCACAUUCACACAGCCCUCCGAUGUUGUCCCCUCAGUCCAUGCCUACGCACCAGUCGCUAACAGCACACUAGCAUUUACUGUAAGUGACUGCUUCCGCCAACUCCCACUAAGGGCUUCAGACAUGCUUCCACUAACUGUCGUCAAGUGCGAAAAGCGAAACAAUAUUUUCACCCCCAGUGACAAAGUGCGUAGGCUCGAUCAUAAAGGAUUUCAUAUAAAAAUGAGAAAUAUAAAGCUCGUAAAGUUUUCCGAAAAAUUACGUAAACAAACAAACAAGAUGAAGACGAUGAGGUUUUGUGAUUUGUGUUGCAUAAUUAAUCAAUUAAUUACUAUGCAGUCGGCGGCCAUGUUUGAAUUCAUCAUUGGACGACUACAAAGUACAUAAUUAUGCAAAGAUAUUUUUUUCCCCACAUCUCCCUGUCUGCUGCUACAUAAAGAUGAAUCAUUUGAGCGCUACCGCAAGGCACACACAUGCAGUUGCUUCUGAAGCCGAAGUGGAACUCGAAGUGGAGAGAUUGCAAUCGCAGAACAUUUAAUACAUUUGUAAAUAUUGAGACAAAGCGUGAGGCCGAACAGGAACUUUCGGUAGUGUCUGUAUAAAAACAGGAGUUACAGUCUGUAUAAAAGUGUUUUCAGUAGAACUGUGGUUGCGUUCGAACUUCAAACUUGUAUAUAGCUAUACAGUGUACAUCGCGCCCCGAAAGUUUUUGAAAAAGACACUACUACAAUGGCACUUUGUAGUAACAGACACAAAUUAAAUAAAACAAUGAUUGUGUAUCUAUUAUCAUAGUUAUUACUGUAAAAUAAAUGGAUCAAUACAGACACGAUGUGGACAUUUUUUUAAAAUCUUAACCUAAAUUUAUUGUGAUGUAAAAAUGCCACGUGAUUUUCCGGACCGAGGGACUCAAUUUCAUAUGGACAUUCGAUAAAUACAACAAACUAAAGAAGAGUUAAUUAAAAAAAUAUUGUAUAUAUUUAUUAUAUUAAUUAUAUAUUAUUGUACGUGUGUGAGAAAUAUAUCUUUCUGAAAUUAGAGAAGGUAUAGCGAAGACAGUGACGUAAAGUUCUUUAUAUAUUCAAAAUACGACGCGACUUGAAAUUCUCUCGAAGAGCACUACUGCGAAAUGGUAUUCCAAGCUCGAUAUUUAAAGCAAUCUCUCAAAUAAAUUCAAAAUUUGGAAACUGUAGAAGAUAUCAGAAGGAAUAAAUUCACGGGCAUUUUCUGUAACUCAGACUACUAUGACAAACACCGUGGUAUUCAAAAUGUUAGUAACACAAACGGGACAAGCAGGUGUGAUAUCACCGGCCAAGCCGCUGCCUGCAGCCGAGGUUUUGCUACACCAUUCCACCGUCAACUGACUACCAGCACGGCCCUCCGUCAGACAACCAGACGUGGAAGAAUGUGGCUCUCAGUGACUACAGCGGACGAUGACUGCGAAGACUUCCCGAGGAACGUCAGCAACGAACCAACAUUCGCCGGCACCUCCAGUACUCCACCAUGGUAACAUCAUACAACCCCUCCCGCAGAAAACUAAGGUAGGAUGGAUCCAGUGAUAGAAAAACACAGAUAAAAGGUAAACAAAUGAGGAAUAAACAAAAUAAUGAAAUAGACACAAGUGAUAAAUUCUAUUUCAUUCAAAUGGAAAUAUUCGUGUGCUGUUACUAGUGCUUCUUCAGGAAAACAGACUAAUAAAAGAAACAGUAAUAUAUGGAACCAAAAUAAAAGUAAGAAACAAGAAAACGAUUUUUCAGAAAGAAUAUAUAUAAAUAUAUACGUACAUAUUACAAUAGUGUCCUCUUUGCACAUAAGAGCAGAUUUUUUCAUUUCGUAAUUAAGAAAGUAAAUAUUAUAUGCGGAGUAUUUUUUACGAUACAGAAUUAAUAUUUGAAAGAGAAUAUUAGGUGGGUACCAACACACAAUCUGUUUCAAUGUUUGAGAACAUAGCCUGCAAUAGGAACGUCCCCAAUAAUUUGCCGAUAGGUCUGUUAUGCAAGAAGAAAACUGCACUUGCAGACAAGUCUGGUCGUCAUGUGAUUAGGUAGAUGUUUGGCGAAAUUAUCACGAACUUUGUUUCUGUAAAACAGUUGUGUCAUAUUCUAAAUCAGUUGUUUUAUUUUAUUGUAUUAACUUAGUCACCGGAGAUAUGUCCGUUUGUUCAUAACUUGAAUUAUCAAACGUCUCACACACACGCGCACAUUUGAGUAUAUAACUUAAUGUUUUUCAAACGCCAUUUCAUGUACUGAAAUAAUUUAAAUUCAUAUAUUAAAACUAAAAUUAAUUGAAAGGUUAAAAGCAUUCAGAUUGUUGUUGUGUAGUUUCCUAAAGCGAAUUUUAUAUUAUUUUAGAAAAAAAUUGAAUAUGUUUUUCUUGUUAAAAAGGAGCUUUCAGCCGCUCAUUACCUGUAAUAAUUUAAUGUUGUGAACGUUGAUUUAAAAGCAAUUAUAACAUUUUUCAAAAGAGUCUAGAUAAGUUCUAAAGAACCACGACGAAAGUAUUUGUGCCAACAUGAAUGAAUAAACUGUGAGUUUUACUUGUAA